UUGCCAUGUUGCCUAGGGUUUAAAUUUCCAUAGGCAGUUUAUGUAGUUAUUCAGAAACUUGUUGGGUUUCUACUGUAUGUGAAGUGCUGAUAUAGACAUUAGAGAUAUAUCAGUAAAUAAGACUUACUAGAUUUUCUUGCUUUCUUAGAGUUUACAUUUUUGUGGCUCGGAAAAAAGCAAAGAAAAAAAUUGUUUGAACAGUUAUAGAAUGUGAAAAUUGCCAUGAAAGAAAUAAAAAGGACAGUUUCAUAGACAGUAAUUGGUGGACAGAGUUUAGGUGGAAUGUUUCGGGAAACCAUCUCCAAGGGGGAGAAAUUGUAACUAAGAUCUGAACAUUGAAAAGGAGCCAGUAUGUAAAGAGAUGAGCUAGGAACACUCCUGAUAGAGGGAAUAAUAGGUGCAAAGGGAGAUAGAGAAAAGUGUUUUAGGAAAUUAUUAGCUGGGCAUGGUGGCUUAUUGGAAAUUGUAAGAUCACCAAUUAAGAUCUACAUUUACUUCCACUAGCCAUAGUAAUGGGCUGAAAGCUACUAGCAGAAAAGGCAAGGUAAUAUUAGCUAGUUUUUCUAGAGUAUAACCUUUUCUCAGACCCUUGAUUAUAACUGAUUUGUGUUUCUUCCUUUCCCUGCCUUCUUUCUUGGUCCUUGGAUAGUAUAUAAGUUGUUGUUGAACAGAACUGAGCAUUUUCUCCCUUGAUUCUUUACAUUGUCAUUAAUUAUUUGAUGUUAUUCUGAUGUCUUUGUACAAUUAGGCACAAGACAACAGCAACUCUGUAAAGAAGAAGACAAAGUUUGUCAAUUUAUACACAAGAGAGGGACAGGACAGACUUGCAGUCCUGCUCCCUGGUCGCCACCCUUGUGAUUGCCUGGGCCAGAAGCACAAGCUCAUCAAUAACUGUCUCAUCUGUGGGCGCAUUGUCUGUGAACAAGAGGGCUCUGGCCCUUGCUUAUUCUGUGGCACUCUGGUAUGUACUCAAGAGGAACAAGAUAUUUUACAGCGUGACUCAAACAAGAGCCAGAAACUGCUAAAGAAGCUCAUGUCAGGGGUGGAGAAUUCUGGAAAGAUGGACAUCUCUACCAAGGACCUUCUUCCUCAUCAAGAAAUGCGAAUUAAGUCUGGUCUGGAGAAAGCUAUGAAGCAUAAAGACAAACUGUUAGAGUUUGACAGAACUAGUAUUCGAAGGACUCAAGUCAUUGAUGAUGAAUCAGAUUACUUUGCCAGUGAUUCUAACCAGUGGUUGUCCAAACUUGAGCGGGAAACCUUGCAGAAGCGAGAGGAGGAACUAAGAGAACUUCGACACGCCUCUCGACUUUCUAAGAAGGUCACCAUUGACUUUGCAGGAAGGAAGAUCCUGGAAGAAGAAAAUUCGCUAGCAGAGUAUCAUAGCAGACUAGAUGAGACAAUACAGGCCAUUGCCAGUGGAACCUUGAAUCAGACACUGACCAAAUUGGAUAGAUCUUCUGAAGAGCCUUUGGGAGUUCUGGUAAAUCCCAACAUGUACCAGUCUCCUCCCCAGUGGGUUGACCACACAGGUGCAGCCUCACAGAAGAAGGCUUUCCGUUCAUCAGGAUUGGGACUAGAGUUCAAUUCAUUUCAGCACCAGUUGCGAAUCCAGGAUCAAGAAUUUCAGGAAGGCUUUGACGGUGGCUGGUGCCUCUCUAUACAUCAGCCCUGGGCUUCUCUGCUUGUCAGAGGGAUUAAAAGGGUAGAGGGCAGAUCCUGGUACACUCCCCACAGAGGACGACUUUGGAUAGCAGCCACAGCCAAAAAACCCUCUCCUCAAGAAGUCUCAGAACUCCAGGCUACAUAUCGUCUUCUUCGUGGGAAAGAUGUGGAAUUUCCUAAUGACUAUCCAUCAGGUUGUCUACUGGGCUGUGUGGACCUAAUUGACUGCUUGUCCCAGAAGCAAUUUAAGGAGCAGAUAGUCAAGUGCAGUAGUGAGAAGUGGGGGAAGAAAGUAGAACAAGGAGUUGGAUCUGUAACUGACUGUGAACAGUCAAUUGAGGUAACCCACUUUGGACCAGCCUGGAAACUGGAUUCCAAGAUCCAUCAAGGAGCAAAGAAGGGGUUAAUGAAGCAGAAUAAAGCUGUCUGACCCAGGAGAAAAGGAACUAUACAGCAUAGUGGAGUUUUGUGUACUAAAAUUGCUAUCAACUGGUCCUUUGGAAUUGAAGUAGUAGAAACCUAAAGGAUUGGCAUCAGGCUUGAAUAUCUCAAACUUUAACUCUUGCCAAAACUGUAUAUUUUUCUUAAGGAGUGGGAUUCCUACUUUAUGUAAUGGGUCAAAAAUCUUUGAAUACAUUAUUUAUAAAAGCCUAUUUUAAAAAUGCU